AUGCUGAACAAAAACAAGGGUUGGCUACCCGAAGACAAGCUGGACCCUACGUUUCCGCCUCUUCCUCCUUACGCGCUACAAUCGGAGUCGGGCGACGUCUCUGAAAAGGAGAAACGUCCUUCCAUAUUUCACUCAGUCGAGCCUAACGACACAAGAGCCCAGCAGCAGGAAGAGGCUAGUAAGGGCAGCACCAAACUCUGGGGGCGGGCGCUACGCCGAAUCUUUCCAAGGGUCUCACGACAUCCCAAGAACAAGAUAUACACCGCAUCUGCUACUACUGCUGCCACUGCUACUGCUGCUGCCACUGCUGCUGCUGCUGCCACUGCUGCUGCUGCUGCUGCCACUGCUGCUGCUGCUGCUGCCACUGCUGCUGCUGCUGCUGCCACUGCUGCUGCUGCUGCUGCUACUACUAUCCAAAGGGGUGGACAUCCCAACACUGCGCCCAACUACGGUGUAAGAGGAGGCAGGUACGCCUGA